ACGAUCUCUCUGAUAGAGGAUGGGCACGACAAGGCGUGGUUUGUGGUGGAGUCGCUUUGGAUCGAUGGAUGAGGGAUAAGUUUCUCCUCCGCACCGAGGCGGGCCGAGGCUAACCUUCUGCCAUGGAUCCCACUUCCCCAUCCGCUGGCCAACAAGGACAAGGACGCAUCGCCGGAGGAACGCCUGUCACCUGAACUGUCUUGUCCCGAGAGUUGCCGUUCUCUUUUUUUGCUCUCUUUUCACUUCACGAAUAAUAAACACUCCCCACGGCGUGUUGUUUGACCGUGUCGUGCGGCCUCUUCCAUUCCUCAAGCUACCCCACCACCUACACCACCUACACCACCAUCACUACACAGUUACAGCCAUGGCUAUGAACGCGCGCUCGGCAACCCGCGCCCUCAGGGCUUUCAAGGCCUCCGCGGUGCGCCCUGUGUCUUCCGUCCAGGCAUGCAACUACUCGACAUCCGCCGAGCCCGACCUCAAGGCGACCUUCAAGAAAGUCCUGCCCGAGAAGCGCGAGCUCCUCAAGAAGGUCAAGGCCCACGCCGACAAGAAGCUCGGUGAUGUCAAGGUGGAGAACACCUUGGGUGGAAUGCGAGGCCUCAAGGCCAUGGUCUGGGAGGGCUCCGUCCUUGACGCCAACGAAGGUAUCCGCUUCCACGGCAAGACCAUCAAGGACUGCCAGAAAGAGCUCCCCAAGGGCGCCUCCGGCACCGAGAUGCUUCCCGAGGCCAUGUUCUGGCUUCUCCUUACCGGUGAGGUCCCCACCACGGCGCAGACCCGUGCUCUCUCCCGCGAGCUCGCCGAGAAGGCCAGCAUCCCCACCUUCGUCGAGAAGAUGCUCGACAACUUCCCCAAGGACCUCCACCCCAUGACCCAGUUCGCGUGCGCCGUCUCCGCCCUCAACUACGAGUCCAAGUUCGCCAAAAUGUACGAGAAGGGCAUGAACAAGGCCGACUACUGGGAGCCCACCUUCGACGACUGCAUCAGCCUGCUUGCCAAGCUCCCUACCAUCGCCGCGAAGAUCUACCAGAACGCCUACCGCGGCGGAGGGGCUCUCCCUGCCGAGGUCGACCUCAACCAGGAUUGGGCCUACAACUUCGCGGCCAUGUUGGGCAAGGGCGGAAAGGAGAACGAGGGCUUCCAGGACCUCCUCCGUCUGUACCUUGCGCUCCACGGUGACCAUGAGGGCGGCAACGUCUCGGCUCACACCACCCACCUGGUCGGCAGCGCCCUCUCCGAUCCCUUCCUCUCCUACUCGGCCGGUCUCCAGGGCCUCGCUGGUCCUCUCCACGGUCUGGCCGCCCAGGAGGUGCUCCGCUUCAUCCUCGACAUGCAGAAGGCUAUUGGCGGCGAUCUGUCCGACAAGAGCGUCAAGGACUACCUCUGGAGCGUCCUCAACUCCGGCCGCGUCAUUCCUGGCUACGGCCAUGCCGUGCUGAGGAAGCCUGAUCCCCGAUUCGAGGCGCUCAUGGACUUCGCCAACGCGCGCCCUGAGAUUGCUCAGAACCCCGUCUACCAGCUCGUCAAGAAGAACUCCGAGGUGGCUCCUGGUGUGCUUACCGAGCACGGCAAGACCAAGAACCCCUACCCCAACGUCGACUCGUCCUCUGGCGUCCUCUUCCACCACUAUGGCUUCCACGAGACGCUCUACUACACGGCCACCUUCGGCGUCAGCCGCGGUCUUGGUCCUCUGGCACAGCUCAUCUGGGACCGCGCACUGGGUCUGCCCAUCGAGCGCCCCAAGAGCAUCAACCUGGCUGGUAUCCUGAAGCAGGUCGAAGGACAGUAGGGAGAUGCUGAAGAGUUGAUAUGAUACGGUGGAGAAGGGAAGAGAAGAGGAAGAAAAGCGGAAUGAUUUACUUGCUUUGUAUAUCACGUUAAGCGGUUACGCAAGUUACGAUAAGGACAUUAUGUAUGAUUCAAAUGGAAUAAGGAGGUUCUUACCUUGUGUCCAUCUGAAGCGGGUGAUGUCGACUACUGUGUAAACAUCUAUCUGUCUAUGGCAGUC